AUGUCUUCCCUGUCGCGUCGCGCCUGCUACAAGUGUGGUAAUGUCGGCCACUACGCCGAGGUCUGCUCCUCUGCUGAGCGCCUCUGCUACAACUGCAAGCAGCCAGGACACGAGUCCAACCAGUGCCCCCUCCCUCGCACUACCGAGGCGAAGCAGUGCUACCACUGCCAGGGCCUCGGACAUGUCCAGGCCGACUGUCCCACGCUCCGCCUGAGCGGCACCGGUACCAGCGGCCGAUGCUACAACUGUGGACAGCCGGGCCACCUUGCCCGCGCCUGCCCUAACCCGGCGGGAGUCACCAUGGGCCGUGGUGGACCGGCCGUCGGUCGUGGCGGCUUCGCGCCCGGUUUCGCACGCGGUGGUUUCGCCGGCGGCGCACGCCCCGCGACGUGCUACAAGUGCGGCGGCCCCAACCACUUCGCCAGGGACUGCCAGGCUCAGGCCAUGAAGUGCUACGCCUGCGGCAAGCUCGGCCACAUCUCCCGGGACUGCACCGCCCCCAACGGCGGCCCCCUCAACACCGCUGGAAAGACCUGCUACCAGUGCGGCGAGGCUGGCCACAUCUCGCGGGACUGCCCCCAGAAGGCUGCGCCCAUCGGCGGCGAGAUCGGCGCCCCUGCCCCCGCCCCGGUCCCUGUCGAUGUUGCUGCCGCCCCUGCCAUUCCCCCCGUCGCAUAG